UUGAACCUCAGAAUACAGAAAAAAAAAACUCUUGGCAUUGGGGUAGAAAAGACUUACCUCUGAAAAUAAAACUACUGAAUGGACUAGCUGUAAUAAACAUUUAGUGUAUAGUAUGCAAUUAUAUAUUGAUAGACCUACAUGAAAAACAGGAAAAAUGUGUUGCCUUUCUGCGUUACAACCUUUUGGAAAAAACAAUCAUGUCUAUUCCUGGAUUACACUUAUUAACUGAAAACAAAAAAAUAUAUAUAGAGUCUAUAUAUUAUUGUCCUUUUAUUCUUACAGAUAAUUUCAUGAGCCUCCAAAUAUCGAUAGACAUCUGAAAUAUCAAGUAAUUUCUUACCGGUACCAGCCAAAAUCUCAGCUGUAAAUAAAAGAAAUCUUUUGAAUAUGGAUUCUUCACAUCUGAUCGUAUUUUCAUGGCAACUCAUUUUUGUUUUGAUAACAGGGCUGCCUUCAGCUUCUCUAGAGUAUAUACCCGAGUCUAGCUUAGUAUCAAUAAAAAGGUGCAGUGAUUAUAAUCACGAAAUGCCUGGAUACUUUGCUUGUAAACUAGACAAUUGUAAUCACUGGAUUACAUUUCAGAACUGCCCUGAUGAUCAGGUAUCUACUGGAGAAAUGAAUUUAGCCACACGUAUGAUGUUCUGCAACUCUACUGCAGGACCUGUGUAUACAAGUACAAUAGGGCUGGUUGAAAAAAAAGCUUGUCAAAACUUCAUUGAACAGGGAAGUAUAUUUCGAUGUCAGUAUGCAGAUGAUGAGUGUUGGUUCCCAUUUGAAGUUUGUGAUUCUGGUGAAAAUAAAACCAAAGAAAUGUUAAAUUUUAACACCAAAAUGUGCCAACUAAUGGUAAAACCAACAGACACUCCCAAGAGCUUAACUCAUCCAACUGAUCCACCUAUUUCUUUUGGACAAGAUAAUUACCUCAACCUCCUGUAUGAAUAUAGAGGGUAAUUGUGAAAGAAGUUUCAAUCCUAGGACCAUCAUGUUAUUUAAACUUGUAAAUACUACAAGGCCAGUCGAGGGAAAAAAUCCUGUGAAAUGAUUAUUAUCUCUUUAUACACAAGCUUAAGUUAAGGAAGUCAGUGAGUCAUCACACAAAUUAACUGGUGCUUAUUAUCUGUGUGCAAUGUUUUGGCGCCAGAAGUCAAACUAAAAAAAGCUACGCAUUUUAUAAUUACCAUUUUUGUAAUUAUCUUAAUCUAUAUAUCUAUCACCUUUUAAAAUCAAACUCUUACCAAGUGAAUCAUUAGGCUUGAUUUAAUAUAUUACCAUCACAAGACUCAGUUGUUUAAGGUUCGUGAAGUAAUGGAGAGAUAAAACAACACAUUCAUAGAUACCCCACACAUACAUCUACCAUCCCCUUGACAAUACUCCUGUCCUUCUAGAAGCCCACAAUAUUAAUCCUUAUUUACUGCUCAUCCGUUCCUCUCUAUUGUUAGUGACUUCCUAGCUCCAGGUUCAAGAUACAAAUGACAUAUUUCAGUCUAUUCAUCUCCCACUUCUAAAACAU